GUGAACGGACGGGAGUGGGCGGAGAAGAAAACCGGGGUCUCGUUACAUCCCACUUUAAAACCCUCUGCCACUUUCUGAUCGGACAGUCUGAGUGCAGGGGAUUAGACCGGGACGGAGCGUUUCAUCACCGUGUGUUCUACACUGAGAUCGGCGCGCGGGCUGCUCGUGAGAAGAUCAGCGCGUCAGCAGGAUCUUCUCCAGAUCUUCGGUGUAACGGACCGCUCCGCUCCCUCACAGGAUCUUAGAAGAUCUGCAAAUCCUCAGGGGAAUCUCUACUGAAAGCUAUCUGUAUCUUCUGGAACAAAUCUCCAUCAUCUUAAGUCAUGGAUCCGACACCAGUCGAGAAGAAUGCGCUUCCUAAUGGGAAAGGGCAUGAAGGAGAAGCCGAAAUGACAGCCACGCCUACCUCGACCUCAACCAAAAGCCAGUCAGAUGACACGCCUCAGGAACUCGUACCUAAUAAUACAGAAAAUUCCAGUCCCAGCAGAGCAACAAGAGACACUGAAGCCGCCCUGGUCGAGAGCGCAGAGUUCCUCUCCAAUGGUGAUGACAAGAAACCACCGCGAUUCACAGACUUUGAAGGAAAGACUUCGUUUGGGAUGUCGGUCUUCAACCUGGGAAACGCCAUCAUGGGGAGUGGAAUUCUAGGAUUGGCCUACGCCAUGGCGAACACCGGCAUCGUCAUGUUCCUGUUCCUCCUGACGGCUGUGGCAUCUCUUUCGGCCUACUCCAUCCACCUGCUGCUCAAGGCCUCGGGCAUCGUCGGUAUCCGUGCAUAUGAGCAGCUGGGUUACCGAGCGUUUGGUACACCAGGCAAAAUGGCUGCCGGGAUUGCGAUCACACUGCAGAAUAUCGGAGCCAUGUCCAGCUAUUUGUAUAUAGUGAAGUAUGAAUUCCCUCUGGUGAUUCAGGCCUUUCUCAAGGUGGACACACAAUCUGAGGAAUGGUAUCUGAACGGUAACUACCUGGUGGUGAUCGUGUCCAUCUGCAUCAUUCUACCUCUAGCUCUGAUGAAGCAGUUGGGCUAUCUGGGCUACACCAGUGGGUUUUCUCUCAGCUGCAUGGUCUUCUUCCUUAUUGCAGUGAUUUAUAAGAAGUUCCAGGUGUCAUGUCCCUUCAGCGACUUCUCCUUCAACCGGACGUUGGCGUUAAACAGCAGUGGCGUGGUGAUGGAGCACAGUGGGGUCACUAUGACUCCUGAGGACAACCCCUCCUGCACCCCUUACAUGUUCAACCUCAACAUCCAGACAGCCUAUACCAUUCCCAUCCUGGCAUUCGCAUUCGUGUGCCACCCGGAGGUGCUGCCGAUUUACACCGAACUGCGCAACCCCACCAAGAAAAAGAUGCAGCAUGUGUCCAACAUCUCCAUUGCUGUCAUGUACAUCAUGUAUUUUCUGGCUGCUCUGUUUGGAUAUCUGACCUUCUACGAUAAGGUAGAGCCUGAGCUGUUGCACACCUAUAGCAAGAUCGACCCGUACGACACCCUGAUCCUGUGUGUUCGCGUGGCUGUGCUGACCGCUGUCACACUCACCGUACCCAUCGUACUGUUCCCCGUGAGGCGAGCAAUCCAGCAGCUCUUCUUCCCCAACAAGACGUUCUGGUGGCCGAGACACAUCGCCAUCGCCAUCCUCCUCCUCACUGUCAUCAACCUGCUCGUCAUCUUCGCUCCGAACAUCCUCGGCAUCUUCGGGGUCAUAGGUGCCACAUCUGCUCCGUGUCUCAUCUUCAUCUUUCCGGCCGUGUUCUACAUCCGCAUCGUUCCCAAAGAGGAGGAGCCUGCACGCUCACCACCAAAAAUUCUGGCUACCUGUUUUGCAGGUCUGGGUGUCCUGUUUAUGAUUAUGAGCCUGAGCUUCAUCAUCAUCGAUUGGACGACAGGGAACAGCAAAUCAAACAAUGGUCAUUAGGCCACACUCACUUUUCAACGUUUAAUUUUUUCAACGGUUAUUCUUUGUGUGUGUUUGUGUGUGUGUGUGUGUGUGUGUGUGUGUGUGUGUGUGUGUGUGUGUGUUGGUGAAGGCGGUGUAAAGUGUCUCUGAUGGGCUGCACGGUGAGUCAUGAGGACAAGGCGGCCCGGGAACACUCCCGGGACAUAGACCGAAC